AUGAUUCCCCAAUCAUCAUUUAAUUUCGAAAAGGAGAAAGUCCUACCAUCAUCGGAUCCACGAUCUCCUUUCUACUACAAUUUACCACCAUACGACUCGAAGCCCAUAGAUAACCUUAUUGAAUUUUUCAAAUUAUGGAAAUACUUUAUCAAAUCAAUUAUUUACUACUUCAAAGAAAUCCUCCUAGUGAAGGAACUAGAAGCUAAUUUGAAUUAUCAAUUGAUUAGUGCUGUGCAAUUCCCUGGUUGUAAAGAUUUACCAAACAAAAUUCUUCAUGAUAUUAAAUUGAAUACUCCUGGGAUGAACGGGACGUUGCUGCCUAAGAAUCAUACUCCUACAAAAGAGGUUAAGAGAAACUUGUCUAGCUCUAGUUUAUCAUCAAUGAAUACAAAUGCAAGUAGUGCUGCAUCAUUCAAUCCAGCGUCAUCGGGUACACAAGUGAGUAUUCCAUCGGGGCCCAUCACUGCAUCGAGUGCAAAUAUCCCUACGUCUGGAUCAUCCAUGCAUCCAACACAUCUGAAGAGCACAACCUCGCUUUCAGAUAAGCAGCGUCCGGGGUUAUUCAAAACAAAGUCCAAUUCAAAUCAAUCAUUUUUGAAAAAUGCUGCAAACAAUUUACACAAGAGAAACACAUCAUUUGGAGCCGUAAGACAGUUGGGUCAACAACAACAACAACCACCAUCGCCUCAAUUUCAACCUAGUGGUGCUUCAACUCCACCAUUACCGGCCAGCGCCGAAGCUCUCAACACCAAUGACGUCAGAAUUCCACCUACCUUCUUCCCUGACAACUCCCUUUACACAAAUUUACCAGCAGUGUUAUUGAGUUCACAUCAUGUUGCAUUCAACAACAGUUUUAAACUACGCAAAGAUCUCAACACAAAGAUUAUCCCUAGGUUGGAAGUGUUGUUGAAACAAGUAUCCCACAAGAUCAAAGAAAUCAAAACAUCUCUCAAGAAUGAUGCAUUCGCAAACACUGAACUACUGAAGGAAAUCUCCAAAACUGGUCAAAUUUUGAGUAGAUACACUGCUGCUAUAGAGACUUAUUGUGGUACAAAGCCAAUCGUCAAAGGAUAUUUACGUGACUACGAUGGCACUGGGGACGAUGAAGAAUUUGCCGCUUUAGAUGAUCCACUAUUGGUUAAACUUGACGUGGAUUCACGAUUAAAAACGCAAUUGAUUUUUGAAAAUUACAUGAUUGCAUCGUAUGCCAAUUUACAAAAUAUAAGUAAAGAUCUAUUCACUUAUUUGUUGAAAGAAUUGAAUUGGGUGGUUGAUAAAUUUGGGAAAUUGGACUUCAAUUCAGAAUUUUAUCAAUUUUUAAAGACAAAGAUUAGUAGUUCAUCAACUGCUGAUUGGGAAUAUUUCAUUACCCAUAACAAUUGUUUUGUCAAUACCUACUAUGCCACUGAGAACAACCCCAAGAGAGAAAAUCGGACAAUCAAACUGGUUAUAUUACCAUAUGCUGAUUCGGUACAGAACAAAUGUCUUCGUUUUGGACUGAUGUACAAGAAGCAAAAACUCAUGAAAAACUACACCCGUCAUUUCUAUGUCCUUUCAUGCAACUACCUCCACGAAUUCAAAUUCAAUGAAGAGAUAAACCAACAAAUGAAGAAAUCAAAGGACAAAAUUGGCGGGUUUAUUGGAUACGAAGAUGAACCAGUCAAAUCAUACAAUCUCAACGACUAUCAAAUUGCUGUUAAAGAUGAAUCAUCAUUUAAAUUCACCUUAACUAAAACAUCAAACAAGCUGAAAAAGACUUUCAAAUGUGCCACUGCAGAAGAUUACAAUUCUUGGGUUGAAGAUUUAUCUGAGUUGUUGAAAUUUGGUAAUGAUCAUUAUGCUAGAUUUGCAUUUAUUCAAAGAAAAGCAGAUCAAACAAUACGUCAACCAAUUCGUAAAUCAAAGAAACAAAAUAACCCAGGAUUGACAUUAGAGUUGGGCAAUGCUUCCAAUCCUGCAUUAUCAGGAAUGUUUACUCCUAAAAUCAAGACACCUAAUGAAUCACCAGUUCAAAAAGAGGAGAAUCCAUUUGAGGGACUUACUGCAUUGCCUCAGGGUCAAUCGGCAAAUGGCCAAAAGAGUUUGACUGCGUCGCCACAAAUGACGCCAAAAGACGCUGCAGCAUCUCCAAUUCAUGCUACAUUUUCAGCCACUGAACAACAAAAUCAACAUGAAGAGUAUUUGAAAUUACAACAAGCAUUGGUUCAACAAGAAACGGCAAUUUCCCACCUCAAAUCACAAGAACAACAAAACAUUGAACUUAUUCAACAGAAGUUGCAAAAUAUCCAUGAUCAACAAGUACAUCUUGAAGAACAAGAACAACAAGAGAAGCAACAACAGCAAAGAAGUAAUUCCAACUCCUCCGCUUCUUCAUCGCCAUCAUUUCCAGGUUUGGGUGUCCACAAACCAUCAUCGGAUAGUUUAAACUCCUUCAUUAUCGAACCAAAUACAGUACCCGUUGCUCAUGCUGCUGUCAAUGGAUUACAAUCUUCAGACGCACCACCAAUGUUUAGUUUUGAAGAUCAUAGUGACCAAACUUCUCAUAAUGAAACAAAUGGAAAAUCCACCCACAAUCGAGAUGCAAAAGAAUCGAAUAUUCCAACCGUCUUUGUAUCAGAGGAGUAA